AUGCAGUUAAACGAGAUUCAGUUUGGAUCGUGCUUUUUGAUGCUAAAAGGUGCGAACCCGAUCAGUGACUCUGGCGUCCAGCAGCGGGAGUCUGAACCCGUCCAGCCAGGAGACUCUGUGACUCUCAGCUGUUCUGUUCACACUGGCCGCUGUGCAGCAGAACACAUUAGUGUCACGUGGCUGAAAAACUCUCAUCACUCUGCUCCGCAAAUGAUCUACUACUCUGGAAAUAAGAGCUGCUGGAGGACUGAGAGUGGAGAGACUAGCUGUGAGUACGAGCUUCUCCUGAGGAACCUCAGCUCUGAUGAUGCUGGAACCUUCUACUGUGUCCUGACUUCAUGUGGACAGACGCUGUUUGGAAACGGGACCAGGAUUAUUGUUCACAAAAAUGCUGUCACCAAACUAUCUGAACUGAGUCCCACUGUGAUUGCUCUGAUGCUGUCAAACAUCAUUCUGGGGACUGUGGCACUCCUCCUUAUAUGGAAACUUUGCAAGAGUCAGAGGAAAGACUCCACAGAGGCAACGGAUGGAUCUUCUGAAGGCAAUCAGACUACUGAUACAGUAACCUAUGCAGCUGUGUGUUCGGCCCCUAGAUGCUUCCCCACCAGACAAGCUAGAGGGAACUACUGUGGAGACUCUGUAGUUUAUUCUAACAUCAGAUACUGUCAACAGAACCGACAGGUGGGAAGACAGACAAACCAGGGAGAAUGAAGACUGAAGGAGUAGGAAUGCCUAAAUGUAUAUAUUUACACAAGUUUGAAAUAUGA